CUCCCUCCGACGACCACCAUCCAGACGUUGAUACUACACGUAGCCUCCGGACGACAACACGCAAGGCAUGACCGGGAUUCAUCAACUGCCGACCGAGACGCUGACAGAAAUACUCCUCGCCGCCUUGCCCAAGUACUGGUUCCGCUCAAGGCCAUUUUCAAAGAGCCUUCCUAUCAGCCACGUCUGCCGUCGCUGGCGCACCAUAUGCCUCGAAACCCCAAGCCUAUGGCAGCGUAUCUGGUACGUCCAGCGUAAAGGAGAGGACGACUGGCGCGAGGAGGAUGUCACAGCCUUACGCGAAUAUCUGCGACGAUCAGCGGGACAGACCCUUUCCGUCACAAUGGGGAAGUGCAGUGCCCUUACCAAAGGCGCCAUGAACCCGGUUCUGCCGCAGCCAUGUGUUCGCGACCUAUGGGCUUUGGUGUUCCACGAGUCGCGGCGCUGGCGCGUCGUGCGCUUGCUGUUUGGCGAAGGUGUGCCGAUCACCGUCCCAUAUGAGGAGCCGCUGGAUCUCCCGGAGCUGGAAGAGGCGAGCGUGAUGUGCCCUGCCGAUAUCGACUUCAGAUACCCAAUCGAGUUCAGGAAAGACUCCGCCUUUCGGUGGUUCGAGAACGCAUCCAAGCUUCGCCGCCUUCGCCUUUCCGAGCCCUUCUCCACGACGGUGAUGAAGGUUGCGUGGGCGCGUCUUACCCAUCUUCAUCUUUCACGGGGCAGCGAGCACUACUUGCUGCAGUAUGUCGCCGAAAUCCUCCCGCUCUGUACCUCUCUUGUGCACUUAGAGGCUUCGAGCUGGAUCUACGGAAUCGAGGGCGUCCCUGUCGUGGAGAUGCCCUCUUUACGCACGCUCUAUCUCGGCGGGGACGCGAUCAUCCUAUGCUGCUACCUCCUCGUGCCUCGGCUCGAGAGGUUUGCAUGCGAUAUGGAUACCUAUGACUGCCUCAAGGACCGCCGCGACUCAUUCCUCCUACUCUCCGAGCGGCACGCCCUCGGUGAUUUGCGUCAGCUAUAUCUUACGAGUUGGUUCGACAACUGGCGCUAUAUCGACCCCAUGCUGGAACGCAUGCCUGGGCUUACCUACCUGCACAUCGACUACUGUCUGGCACGACGAGUCUUCAAUCGUGUCGCUAAACCCCGCAAAAUAUGUGGUAUCGGCACGAUUGCCUCCCUGAGAACGCUGUCUCUGCAGAUGGACGAGGGCGAGUGGAAGAGUCCAGCCAUAGCGGCACUGUUCGUCGCGGAGCUUUUGAAACUGCCCAACCUCGCCAAGUUCGAGAUGUGGAAUGUGGAGGAGGGUCUCGAUGAUUCGGAGUUCAAUGACCAACGCUUGGAAGGACUACGCGCGCGCGGAGUAGUGAUAGAGAAGCACCGCGAAUAUGUUCAGCUCCCUAGAGACUCAGACGUAGUAUAGGGGCCAUAUUAAGUUCAAACCCAGGUUUGAAAUCUUUGGCAAUACUUGUCCUCAAUUGAAACUCUAAGUCCGGAGGUUUUC